CACUAACUUCCUCUCUACAAAUAUUGCGCCACCAAUGGCAAUGGCACCUCACACAACUUCCAAAAACGCAAAGGCUCUUCACUUUAUUGAAGAGAUGACACGAAAUGUAGACGCUGUACAGGAACAAGUACUCGCCCAAAUCCUCUCCCAAAACUCGGGAACUGAAUAUCUCAAGCGUUUCCAUCUCGCCGGCGCCACCGAUCGCCACGCCUUUAAAUCCAAAAUUCCGAUGAUUACCUACGAAGAUAUCCAGCCUUUGAUUCAGAGGAUCGCUAAUGGCGACCGCUCUCCGAUUUUAUCAGCACACCCCAUCUCCGAAUUCCUUACCAGUUCUGGAACUUCAGCUGGUGAAAGAAAGCUGAUGCCAACUAUCGGAGAAGAAUGGGAUCGCCGUCAGCUUCUGUACAGUCUUCUCAUGCCUGUUAUGGAGCAAUACGUGAAAGGGCUGGACAAAGGCAAAGGGCUCUACUUCUACUUCAUAAAGUCGGAGACAAAGACUCCGGGCGGGCUACUAGCCCGCCCCGUACUGACAAGCUACUACAAAAGCGACCUCUUCAAGACCCGACCCUACGACCCGUUUAACGUCUACACCAGCCCUAACGAAGCCAUCCUCUGCGAGGAUUCCUCCCAAAGCAUGUACGCGCAAAUGCUGUGCGGCCUCUACGACCGCCAACAAGUCCUCCGGGUCGGGGCGGUGUUCGCCUCCGGCCUCAGCCGGGCCAUCCGCUUCCUCCAGCUCAAGUGGAAGUCACUGGCCCACGAUAUCCGAACCGGGUCGCUCAAUCCGAUAUUCACGGACAAGUCUCUCCGCGAGUGCAUGGGCCGAAUCAUGCGGCCCGACCCGGAGCUGGCUGAUUUCAUCACCCGGGAAUGCGAGAAAGACAUGUGGGAGGGAAUCAUCACGAGAAUUUGGCCUAACACCAAAUAUCUGGAUGUGGUUGUGACGGGGGCGAUGGCGCAGUAUAUCCCGACGCUCGAUUAUUACAGCGGCGGACUGCCCAAGGCGUGCACCAUGUACGCCUCGUCGGAGUGCUACUUCGGCCUCAAUCUGAAGCCCAUGUGCGAUCCGUCGGAGGUAUCCUACACCAUCAUGCCAAACAUGGCCUAUUUCGAGUUUCUGCCCACCGACUCGGCGGCGGAGCUGGUCGACCUUGCCGCCGUGCAAGUGGGCAAGGAAUACGAGCUGGUGGUCACCACGUACGCGGGGCUGUGCCGGUACCGGGUGGGCGACAUCCUCCGCGUCACGGGGUUCCACAACUCGGCGCCACAGUUCCGGUUCGUGCGGCGGAAGAACGUGCUGCUGAGCAUCGACUCCGACAAGACGGACGAGCCGGAGCUGCAGGCGGCGGUGGAGAAGGCGUCGGAGCUCCUGAGGGAGUUGAAGACGGGCGUGGUGGAGUACACGAGCUACGCGGAGACGAAGACGGUGCCGGGGCACUACGUGAUAUACUGGGAGCUGCUGGGGGGGACGUGGCCGGGGGAGGCGGUGCUGGAGCGGUGCUGCCUGGCCAUGGAGGAGGAGCUGAACGCGGUGUACCGGCAGGGGAGGGUGGCGGACGGGUCGAUCGGGCCGUUGGAGAUCCGGGUGGUGAGGAGCGGCACGUUUGAGGAGCUCAUGGACUUCGCCAUAUCCAAGGGGGCUUCCAUCAAUCAGUAUAAAGUGCCGAGAUGCGUUACCUUUGCACCCAUCGUCGAGCUUCUCGACUCCAGGAUUGUUUCCACCCAUUUCAGCCCCUCGCUGCCGCGCUGGACCUCCCAACGCCGUUUCUGAUCCAUCUCAUUAUAUGUGCUUCACUUUUGCCUCAAAAUAAAAGCUAGCUAGCUCUGUGGUUUUAGGUUUUUGUGUUUGUUUAAUUGUAUUCGGUAUGGUCACAUCUACAACACAACCACGAUCACCAAUUCACAGAAAAAAGAUAGAUAGAUAUAUGGGGAAGAAUAUAUUCAGUACUAGCUAGGAUAAUAUCAAUGAGCUCCGUGUGUAGUAAGGAAAUUGGUUUUUUUUUUCUUUUAGAUAUUCU